GAAAUGAUUCUAGGCAUUCCGUCUGUCGUGUGACCGCGUAUAAGUCAUGACCGCGAAUUUCCUGGGUAACCUGCGGUGUUUAGUAAAUAAUUCAACAACGACCUUUACGAGCGCGCACAGUACGGCAAAAGCGGUGGUUGGAAGUGCUCGUUAUCGUGUUCCAGAUAUUCGCAAUAAAUUUCGCAGCGGAGGUAUCGAUCGUGCCAUGAAUCACAUAGCUCGGACAGGACGAACGUUGCCGACCAAUUCCAGAUUCGACCCGAAACCGGAUCCCCGUACGCCGACUUGCGAGAGACUCAUCCCCGGUCGAUCUUGCAAUCAAUCUCCAACGACGACCCUUUGCGGAUCAUGGAAGUCUAAGAUGCUCGCAGAGGUGAUGGAAUGCAAGGACGCGAUAAAGAGCAAAGCCUCGAGGUGGGGGUCGAAACUGUUCGCAGGUUCGAGGUUGACGACUCCAGUGUCCAGUAUUCCGGAUAUCGUCACGUUCAGCGUGAUCGCGAAGGAAGAAGUCUUGAUAGGGUUCUCCCCGCGCGACACGUCGGAAACGCAGAAGAAGAACACGCUUGCGAAGCCUAGAGACGAGUCUAAUCCGACGAACGGCUUGGUCAAUCGGUUCCUGGACAAACACUCGACGAACGGGACACCGAGGCUGUUCCUGGAGCAUGAGAAGAGCGAGCUUCCGGAGGAAGGUGUGACCGAAUCGGCAGUCAAGAGGAAGAUCUCGGUGCACCCACUGCUUCUCCGCUACUCGGAGGACACCGACGAGUUCGAUUGGUUCAACGACACGGACGACAGUUUCUCCAGCAAGCUUUGGGACUCCCCGGAAUGCUCGAACGUGUCCGAUAUCGUGUUCGAUGAUCCGCAGAACAACUCCACGUUCCGCAAAUCGCUUUACGAGUCGAAGAAAAGCGAGUUCUCGGCCGUUCGUCUAGACUCCGGCUGGGAAAGUAAUUUCUCGAUAUAGAUCUGUUCUACUGUUACUCUAUUCUAGGUACUAGUUACGUAUCGAUCGUUUUUGUUUGUUUUACUGUGCGGUCGGGAGUAGCCGAGGCGAAUGAAGCUCUCUUUAUGCUGCUUGAUUCACUCUUUCAUAUGAUACCGAGCCACCGUAGGGCGUUUCAAUAGUUUCAUUUGCUCAAAUGCCGGAGAGUAUUGGAAAACUUGGACGAACACCGUUGAAACUGCACCCCGCUUUUGAUACUCUUGAAAAUAAAUAUAUUGUAUUAUAUUUGUGAGUGAAUGGCUGUAACGUGUAUGGAGGUAAUUAUGGAAAAGAUUACCUUGGUUGGAAUAGCUAGUAUUAAGAGGAAAGUAGAUUGUAAAAAGUGUCCAACAUAAUCGUGAACAAAUAGAUCUAACGAAAAUUGAACUGUUUAAAUUAAUAUCACCCUACGCGCGGAUCUAGAUCCAAUUCAAAUCGAAUCCUUGAUAGAGUAGCAGUUCUCAUUAAAUAAAGCGUUAUCGCUCCAUGCUAAUCGAGAAUAUUUUUUUCUCUUUGAACGCGAUUCCACCGGCGGAAAAUAAAUAAAAAUAUUUUGGAAAGUAUGUCAAAGUGUCAGUGGGACAACGGCCGCGUUUGAAACUAAAGAUCUAGAAUCCUCCUGGUAGUAAAAAGUAUACAGCAAGUAUUGGCUACUGCUGGGAUUAAUUGCAGUGCAAAAGAUCUGGGAUAUUUAAAAUAUAAAAUAGAAAUGUUAGUAAAAUCUAAUAAGGAUACGAGUUGCUUGAUGUACAGCGAUACUCUGCGAGAAAUAAACCUAUUUUC